AUGGUAUCGUCCACCUUUCUCCCCAAGGAUAUGCGGAAGUUGCGUCUCGACAGGUACACACCAGCUGCAGCAAAUGAGGCCCGAAUUUUUGUAGAACAGUCAAUCAGAGAGCGUUUAUCAGAUGGAGACCUAUUGUUAUCAUUAAAAGAUGGCGUAGCACUUUGCAAACUUGUUAAUCAAGCAGCACCUAACACCUUGAGAUUUAAAUCCAAGGCAGUAAUGCCAUUUGUUCAGAUGGAGAACAUAUCACUAUUUCUCGAGGCCUGUAAAUGUCAGCCUUUCAAUAUUCCAUCUCAUGACUUGUUUCUUACUGUCGACCUUUACGAACUCAAAGAUCCAGCGCAGGUUCUCCAAUGCCUUAGUGCAUUCAGUAGAGCCGCACACCGGAUUGAUCCGGUGAAAUUUCCAACCCCUAUCGGCGUUCGAUCGCAAAUGAGUCCCAUACCAAGCGGAACCAUCAGUGCCGGAAAUUGGAAUCGUGACCGAGAAGCAAUAAAUACUGAUGAUAGCAUGCUAUCAGUCAUUUCUAAAGCAUCCCCUGUAUUAACAAAAGCAAAGACUGGAGAUUCUAACAGCGGAAGAUGGAGCCCGGGGAAAUCUCGUGGUCGGCCUCUAUCACCGGGAGUAAGUUGUUGGAACAAAAAUUCCGAAGAGAGAUCGAAGUCUCCUGCGUGGAAUAUUACACAGUAUGGGUUUCUCGGAGGUGCGAGUCAGGCUAAUUUAGGAGUUUCUUUUGGUGGUAGAAGACAGAUAACAAGUGCCGGCCCAUAUGUUCCUGGCAGGGCCGAGAGAGAAAAUAAACAAAAAGAGAUUGAGGCUGAAAAAGAGAGGCUGCAGCGAGAAAGCGAAGAAAACGAAAGACAUCGUCAAGAAAAAAUCAAAGCUCAAGAAAGUAGUCGGCUGGUUGAGGCACAGCGCAUGGCUGAAGAACUUGAAGAGCAGAGGAAGAAGGAACAUCUAAAAACCGAGGAGGUACACCGCAAGUGGGAAGAGGAGGAACAGAGAUGGCGUUUAGAAGAGGAGCAACGCCAGAGAGAAGAUAUAGAGGCUGAGGCUCGGCUACAGGAAAGACGAAAUCGUCUCAAUACCGCCAGCAAUUCACGCUUGAGACAUCAAUUUAUAAGCCAGUAUCAGCCGGAGAAAAGGCUAACACAUAAAUUUACUCCUGAAAGCCGUCGAAUUAAAGAGCUAGAAUAUGAACUGGAGAGGGCAAGGGAAAGAGAGCGCGAAUAUGAAAGAAUCCGCAAAGCAAGCAAAAAUAAAUGGAGCUUUCAGGAUGUUGGGAAUGAUAGUUCUACGCUUGAUGAAGACAAGGCUCGUACUCGCUCGAAAAGCUUACCUCGCUCUCCUCACAAUAUUUGCGACCAGCCCCCCCGGGUCGAUGAACAAAAAUAUCCACGUAAACAGUCUUCUUCCAAUACCUUGAACAAAUCCCCUUAUCUGAUGGUCAAUUCACCCACUGCUCGGUUAAUAUCGCGGGCAAAAUCUCCCCGUCCGCUCCCUGACCCUGCAUUAGUAUCACAAACACCGAAGAACCAUACUGCAGCCAGGCCCUUACCUGAUCCAGAAAAGUAUAAAACUGCACCCGGGAAAGAUCAAAAGUUUGUGCAGCCGCCGCCAUCAAAAUUUCAAAGAUCAUAUAUAGACACUUUGACGGGAGAAUCUGAGGUUCCCAAGGAACAUACUACUAUUACGUCUAUACAACCCCUACAACCACAGGCUAAGCCAAGUGGGCUCGCAAUUAAAGGUCUCUUGGAACGCGAGAUGGAACUCGAUCGUCAGCGACAACGAGAAUGGGAAGAGGACCAGCGAGGACAUAAGGAAAAAUUAUUAGACGGUGCAAAUAAUGACACCGAUGGUGUAGCCGAAGGUAUUAAUAGUCGUUGGGACGUAAACCAGUGGACGAGCUACACAGGAGGGGACUCGCAAAACAAAGGUACUCUAGGUAUAGGAGCUAGUAAAAGACAGAUAGUUGGACCUCGACCUCCUCCAUCUUCACCGUGA